GUCGGGGGGUUAGCCCGGAGCAUGCAGUUAACAAAAAUAAGAUGAAAUAAAGCCGCCCUUCGUGCGUGCAGCCGGCGUCCGUCCUCGUCGGCAGCCGGCACCCGCGGCUGCUCUCCCGCAUGGCGACUUUACCCGCCGCGGACAGGAGGGCGUUCGCCCUGAAAAUCAGCAGGCACUCCUCUGCAGAAAUAAGAAAGCAAUUUACUCUCCAACCAGGCGUUGCACAGUUCUGUCAAAGAAGCUUAAGUACCCCUGGCUUUUCUACUCUUCAUUUGCCUUCAUUUUAUGACGUAGUAGACCCAGUAGAUUUUGAAGGCUUCCUAAUGACACAGCUGAACAACUUGGACUCAGAACUAGCUCAAGAACUUGGUGAAUUUCCUGAAGAUGACUUGGACGUUAUCUUUACACCCAAAGAGUGCAGGACUUUGCAGCCCUCUAUGCCAGAAUAUGGGGUUGAAUUGGACUUACAUGUCAGAGACUGCGUUCAGACGUAUACCCAGGAGUGGCUGAUUGUGAAUCGAAAGAGCCAAGGGAAUUCAGAUACCUGUAGCCUGAAAAACAAGGGAUCCCGGAAAGAUUUGCACAAGACACUUCAAAAACAAACAUUUGAAUCAGAAACGUUGGAUUCCAGCGAUGCAAACCUUCAGGCGGGGCCCCGACAGGCCCAGGCACUCCCUGAGGAGACCUCGAGGACCUCCCUCACCACAUCUGACUUCGACCUGCGCAGCCUGCAGCCGGACCCCCGCCUGGAGAACUUGCUGCGGCACAUCAGCGCCGAGGAGUUCGAGAGGCAGAACAAGGAGGCCCGGGGCACCAACAGGCACGCCGAGCUCCUUGCCCUCUACCCUGCUGUGGAUGAGGAAGACACAGUGGAGAUACGGCCGGUGCCAGGUCGCCCAAAGGAACAUCUGGGCAACAGGAUUUUGGUGAAGCUGCAGACUCUGAAGUUUGAGAUAGAGAUUGAACCUUUAUUUGCCUGCAUGGCUCUCUAUGAUGUAAAAGAAAGAAAAAAGAUCUCAGAAAAUUUUCAUUGUGACCUUAACCCUGAUUCAUUGAGAGGAUUCUUGCGUUCUUAUACACCCUCCAUUGACUUGUCUAGUCAGGCAAGAUCAGCAGUAUUUUCUGUCACUUAUCCCUCAUCGGAUAUAUACCUAGUAAUAAAGAUAGAAAAAGUGCUUCAGCAAGGAGAAAUUGGAGACUGUGCAGAACCCUAUGCAGUUCUUAAAGAAAGCGAGGCUGGCAAGACAAAAGAAAAGAUUGAAAAACUGAAAGCCCAAGCUGAAUCCUUUUGUCAGCGGUUGGGGAAAUACAGAAUGCCAUUCGCCUGGAUUCCCAUAAGCCUGACUAAUGUCUUCAACCUUUCAACACUUGAACGAGAAAUACCUGAAACUGAAGGUUUAAAUGGGAAAGGAUCCACUAGUGACAAGAGGGCAACGCUGCUACAGGGAAGAAGAUUUUCUGAGAGAAGUCUCAGCUUGGAGGACAGCUCUCCAGUUUCAAACUUCAAAACAGUCUCUCUGACCCUCAGCACCUUCUUUAAGCAGGAAGGAGACAGGCUCAGUGAUGAAGAUCUGUUCAAAUUUUUAGCUGAUUUCAAAAGAUUGUCUUCCUUACAGAGAAGAAUUAAGACUUUACCAGGAACACUUAAACUGGAGAUUUCCCCAGCUCCAGAAAACCUUGGUUAUUGUCUGACACCAGAAUUACUACCAGUGAAGCCUUUUCCAGAAAACCGUAGUCGUCCUCACAAAGAGAUUUUGGAAUUCCCAAUUAGAGAAGUGUACGUUCCCCAUACUAUUUAUAGAAAUCUCCUGUAUGUUUACCCCCAGAGGCUGAAUUUUGCUAAUCGACCAGCUUCUGCAAGAAACCUUACUAUCAAGGUCCAGUUUAUGUGUGGUGAAGACCCGUCCUGUGCAAUGCCGGUAAUUUUUGGGAAAUCUUCAGGUCCAGAAUUUGUGCAAGAAACAUAUACAGCUAUCACAUAUCAUAAUAAGUCACCUGACUUCUAUGAAGAAGUGAAAAUUAAGCUGCCAGCAAAACUCACAGAGAAACACCACCUAUUGUUCACAUUCUAUCACAUCAGCUGCCAGCCAAAGCAAGGAGCAUCUGUGGAAACCCUCCUUGGGUACACAUGGCUGCCAAUUCUGUUAAAUGAUCGUCUUCAAACUGGACAUUACUGUCUUCCUGUUGCAUUGGAUAAGCUGCCUUUCCACUAUUCAAUCCACUCUCCUGAGAAGGUUCCAUCUCAGACACAGCCUAUUAAGUGGGUUGAAGGACACAAGGGUGUUUUCAAUGUUGCAGUGCAAGCUGUUUCAUCUGUUCACACUCAGGACAAUCACCUGGAGAAGUUCUUCACCCUGUUGCAUUCUUUGGAAAGUCAAGUGUCAUUCCCCAUUCGACUGAUGGACCAGAAGAUUACAGAGGCUACACUGGAGCAUGAAUUGAAACUCAGCAUUAUUUGUUUGAAUUCUUCACGCCUUGAGCCUCUUGUCUUGUUUUUACAUUUGGUACUAGAUAAACUAUUCCAGCUGGCUGUACAACCCAUGGUCAUAGCUGGCCAGACAGCCAACUUCUCACAGUUUGCCUUUGAAUCUGUGGUUGCAAUAGUGACCAGUCUCCACAACAGCAAAGACCUGAGCAAAGACCAGCAUGGGAGGAACUGCCUCUUGGCAUCUUAUAUCUACUAUGUAUUUCGUCUGCCAGACCCUCAAAGAGAAGUAAUCAAGCCAGGUGCAGGCAGCAGUGGCAUUUCAACAGAGUCUCGUUAUUACACAUUUGGACGCACUUCCGCAAUGUCUGUUGGGAGUAAACUCCUUCAGAGCCGAGUGAUCAGCUGCAGCAAUCCUGACAUUGCUGUUACACAAAGUGCUACUGAUGAGGAAGUCAAAAACAUCAUGUCAUCCAAGCCUAUCGAUCACAGCUCCAGCCGGAUGUCUGUCUGUGUUGAAGGAACAAAUGACAUGCUAACCGUCUGUGGAAGCUCAAGACCGCCCAAUAAAAAGCAUUUCCAUGAGGAGCUGGCACUGCAGAUGGUGGUCAGCACGGGUAUGGUGAGAGAAUCUGUCUUCAAGUAUGCCUGGUUCUUCUUUGAGCUCCUGAUAAAGAGUAUGGCUCAGUAUGUUCACAGCAUAGACAAACAGGAUAACCCGCGAAGAAGCCGGUUCUCUGAUCGUUUCAAAGAUGAUAUUACUACUAUAGUUAGUGUGGUUACUUCAGAGAUUGCUGCACUUUUAGUCAAACCACAGAAGGAAAGUGAGCAAGCGGAAAAAAUUAAUAUCAGCCUGGCAUUUUUCUUGUAUGAUCUUCUUUCUUUAAUGGACCGAGGAUUUGUGUUUAAUCUCAUCAAACAUUACUGUAACCAGCUCUCAAACAAGCUGAACUCACUCUCCACCCUUAUUUCCAUGAGACUGGAGUUCUUGAGAAUUCUCUGCAGCCAUGAGCAUUACCUCAAUCUGAACCUCUUCUUCAUGACCUCUGCAUAUGCUCCAGUAUCCCCCUCUCCCUCCUUAUCUUCCCAGAACUCUAGCUCCUGCUCUAGUUUCCAGGACCAGAAAAUCACUGUGUUUGACCUCUCGGCUGAAUACCGUCAGCAGCACUUUCUAACUGGCUUACUUUUCACUGAAUUGGCAGCAGCACUGGAUGCAGACAGUGAGGGGAUUAGCAAGGUGCAAAGAAAAGCUGUCAAUGCUAUACUUAGCCUGCUGAGUUCCCAUGACUUAGACCCACGUUGCUCCAAAAAAGAAGUGAAGGUUAAAAUUGCAGCUCUCUACCUCCCUUUGGUUGGUAUCAUUUUGGAUUCUCUGCCACAACUCUAUGAUUUUACAAUUUCAGAUCCUCGCAGUGGAAAAGUGCGCACAGGAAACACAGAAGAAGAAGAAGAGUCUGCAGGUGCAGUCAGUCAGAACGUGGCCCUUGCCAUUGCAGGGAAUCAGCUCAACCUCAGGAGCUUUGGAAUAACUCUAAUAUCCCUGCCCUACAGACAGAGUGCCACAUUAAGUCCUGAUACUACUCGCAAUCUUCUGAUAUGUUUCCUCUGGAUCAUGAAAAAUGCUGAUCAGAAUCUAAUACAGAAAUGGAUUGCAGACCUUCCAUCCAUGCAGUUAAACAGGAUUUUAGAUUUGCUUUUCAUUUGUGUGUCAUGCUUUGAGUACAAGGGCAAACAAAGCUCAGAUAAAGUUAGCACCCAAGCACUCCAGAAGUCACAAGAUGUUAAGGCCCGAUUAGAAGAGGCUUUACUGAGAGGUGAAGGAGCCAGAGGAGAAAUGAUGAAGCGCUGCAGAAUACCAGCUGGGAAUGACAGAUCAGUGGGGCUAAGUGAAAACCUGCGCUGGAGAAAGGAGCAGACUCACUGGCGGCAGGCAAAUGAGAGACAAGAUAAGACAAAAGCCGAGCUAGAUCAAGAAGCUCUGAUCAGUGGAAACCUGGCAACUGAAGCUAACCUGAUCAUUCUUGAUAUGCAAGAGAACAUCAUCCAGGCAAGCUUUGCAGCAGAAUGCAGAGACAAUCUUUUAGGAGGAGUUUUGAAGGUCCUGGUAAAUUCUCUGGGCUGUGAUCAGAGCACCACUUACCUGACUCAUUGCUUUGCUACACUCCGAGCGCUCAUUGCUAAGUUUGGAGAUUUCCUGUUUGAAGAGGAGGUUGAGCAGUGUGCUGACCUGUGUCAAAGAGUUCUCCAUCACUGCAGUAGCAGCAUAGAUAGCACACGGACUCAAGCCUGUGCCACCCUUUAUCUCCUCAUGAGAUACAGCUUCAGCUCUACCAAUAAUUUUGCAAGAGUGAAGAUGCAGAUGACCAUGUCACUAGCCUCUCUGGUUGGAAAAUCACCCGAGUUUAAUGAGGAAUUCCUUCGUCGGUCCUUACGAACCAUCCUAGCCUAUGCAGAGGAAGAUGCAGAUAUGCAGGCAACUCCAUUUCCCAUUCAGGUAGAGGAGCUGCUGUGUAAUCUGAACAGCAUCCUGUCAGAUACAGUGAAAAUGAAGGAAUUCCAGGAAGAUCCGGAGAUGCUCAUGGAUCUCAUGUACAGGAUUGCCAAAGGGUACCAGACAUCACCUGACUUGAGGCUCACUUGGCUGCAGAACAUGGCAGAGAAACACACCAAGAGGAAGUGCUACACAGAAGCAGCCAUGUGUCUGGUCCAUGCUGCAGCACUGGUAGCAGAGUACCUCAGCAUGCUUGAAGAUAGAAGCUAUCUCCCAGUGGGCAGUGUCAACUUUCAGAACAUUUCACCCAAUGUGCUGGAGGAAUCUGCUGUUUCAGAUGAUGUUUUAUCUCCAGAUGAAGAUGGUAUAUGUUCUGGAAGGUAUUUCUCGGAAAGUGGCCUGGUAGGGCUGCUGGAACAAGCAGCAGAGCUCUUCAGCACGGGUGGAUUGUAUGAAACUGUGAAUGAGGUGUACAAAAUUGUCAUCCCCAUACUAGAAGCACAUCGAGACUUCAGGAAGCUUACCUUGACACACAGCAAGCUACAGAAGGCCUUUGACAGCAUUAUUAAUAAGGGUCAAAAGCGAAUGUUUGGAACUUACUUUCGUGUUGGUUUCUAUGGAUCCAAAUUUGGAGACUUGGAUGAACAGGAAUUUGUUUAUAAGGAGCCUGCAAUUACCAAGCUUCCUGAGAUUUCUCACAGAUUAGAGGGAUUUUAUGGCCAGUGUUUUGGGGAGGAUGCUGUGGAAGUGAUCAAGGACUCUGCUCCUGUAGACAAAAGAAAGCUGGAUCCCAAUAAGGCAUACAUACAAAUUACUUUUGUGGAGCCAUAUUUUGAUGAGUAUGAGAUGAAAGACAGGGUAACAUAUUUUGAGAAGAACUUCAACCUCUGUCGGUUCAUGUACACUACACCUUUCACCAUGGACGGGCGCCCCAGAGGAGAGCUUAGCGAGCAGUACAAGAGGAACACCAUCCUAACCACAAUGCAUGCUUUCCCCUACAUCAAAACUAGGAUCAGUGUCAUCCAAAAAGAAGAGUUUAUUUUAACCCCCAUUGAAGUUGCUAUUGAAGAUAUGCAGAAAAAAACACAGGAACUAACUGCAGCCACCAACCAAGAGCCACCAGAUGCCAAAAUGCUCCAGAUGGUUUUACAGGGCUCAGUUGGAGCCACUGUAAAUCAGGGACCACUAGAGGUAGCACAAGUGUUCCUGGCUGAAAUUCCAGCAGACCCCAAACUUUACCGACAUCACAACAAGCUGAGGUUGUGCUUCAAAGAAUUUAUAAUGAGGUGUGGUGAAGCAGUGGAGAAGAAUAAGCGCCUUAUUACUGCUGACCAGCAGGAAUAUCAGCUAGAGCUCAGGAAGAACUACGGGAAGCUGAAGGAGAAUCUUAGGCCCAUGAUUGAGAGGAAGAUUGCACAACUGUACAAACCUGUAAUGAAAGUCCACAGCACAAGGGAAUCUUUUCGAAGACACAGUUUUAGGAAAUAUGAUGCCCAGACUUCUUCACAAAGCACCUAAGGAGUAGCUGCUUUGGCUGAGGAAGAGCUUCAUGCUGCAAGCCAGAAGUGAUGGGAUAUUCAACAUUAUGAAAUCAGAAAUGUUUCACAAGACAGCAUGUGGGCUUUCUGGAUAGCAUGCAGAAAAGCAUUUACACAAGAUCAC